CGUCUGCGCUCUGAUCCAUCCCUGCGCCGCCGCAGCGCGCGUGGACCGAGAGCCUCUGCCCAAUGACGGACGGGUCGGACUGCCCGCAGGCCUGAUUACCCCCCACCACCGCUCCAGACGGGUCGCGAUGGACUUCGUGCUGAGCGGAGCGGCGGCGUGCGGCGCCUGUCUCUUCACCAACCCGCUGGAGGUGGUGAAGACGCGGAUGCAGCUCCAGGGAGAGCUCCAGAGCCGAGGCUCGUACCGGGUUUACUACCGCAACGUCUUCCACGCGUUUUACACCAUCGGCAGAGUGGACGGACUGGCCGGCCUGCAGAAAGGACUCGCCCCCGGGCUCGUGUAUCAGUUCUUCAUGAAUGGCAUCAGACUCGGCUCUUACGCCAUCAUCGAGUCCUCCGGAUACAUCCACACUAACGGACGGGUCAGCGCGGCCAAAACCACCCUAGCCGGGGCCGCGGCCGGAGUGGUGGGAGCCGUGAUUGGAAGUCCCGUGUACCUGGUGAAGACUCAUCUGCAGAGUCAGUCUACCGCCUCUAUUGCAGUUGGACAUCAGCACAAACACCCGGGGAUGGUCCUCGCUCUGGCAGCUAUCUACAAGGAGCACGGCCUCCUGGGACUGUGGAGGGGCUCUAGUGCCGCCGUGCCGAGGGUCAGCGUGGGUUCGGCCGCACAGCUCUCCACCUUCUCCUCCUCCAAGGAGUUCGUGGUUGACCUGCAGGUGUUCCCAAAGGACAGCUGGUUGGUGGCCCUGAGCGCCGGCAUGAUCAGCAGCGUGGUGGUGGUAACGGCCAUGACGCCUUUUGAUGUAGUGAGCACACGGCUCUACAACCAGCCUGUGGAUCAUGUGGGCAAGGGGCAGCUUUAUAAAGGAUUCGCUGACUGCUUUUCGAAGACGCUGAAGAAGGAGGGCUUGGUGGGACUCUACAAAGGCUUGGGAGCCUCUUAUUUCCGGCUGGGCCCACACACCAUUCUGUCUUUGUUCUUCUGGGAUGAACUGCGCAAACUGUACCACGGGCGCAGAUAACACCAGUACAACGUGUAUCGCAUUAAAAUGAUUCCUCAUUGAAGGAGGAAGCGAUUAUGAGGUUAAAGACAAAACAGCAGAUGGCCGUCUUUCUUAACGGGGAAAGAGAAAAGGUUACAUUUUACACUCCGAUAACAAGACACAUUGCUACGUUCAAAAGUGUCCCUGAGAAGUUGAAAGGAAGCGUCAUAUGUGCACAGAUGUGAUGACAACUGGGAUAUGAACUUAUAGGAUAAGCGCAAUACUGAAUGUGGAACAUCAUUUAAACAUUUUUAUAGCACCUUAACUCCUUGGUUACGCUUUUACCAAAGAUGUGAACAAACAAACAAACAAAGAUGUGAAUAAUCUACGCUUCACACAAUUCUGUACUCCAAGAAUUGUUCCCCACAACUGAGGCACAAAAACGUGUACAAAAUGUUUGAUGCAAAUGAGAGAACAGGUGUCACUUUGCUCAAUGCUUCAUUUCUGUACAAAUUCUCUCUGACUGUUAUCCAUGGAAUAAGACUACCUCCAAGUUCUUUAUGCAGGACACCUAAAUCGUCAGCAUUACUUCCUGCUUUACGAGCACCUUUUUUUAAUAGUGAUGGAUGCAUCGUACAACUGUUACGGGAAGGCGUACUGUCAGAGCAAUAGUUGCGCUCUGGGUGUGGCCCUGAUGUGGGUCUCUCUUCCUGCAAAGAAGGAUACUCAAAUGUCAACGUUUCACAUGGACUGAACUGAAUAUGAAACCAGGGGAAUUUACAUUUGGUUAUAGCGUGGACUAAUUUGCAUUGCUUAUGCUUUUCUUAAAUAAUAAUUAUAGAGUUUUAAAAAAUAGAACAAUGUAAUAGAAUAUGCUAAUUAAUGAAUGAAGGGAAUAAUAAAGGUACCGCGUCACUGUACCCCUUAAAGGGGCUGCUUACAUAUUUACACAGCUUUCAAUCUUCUUCAAUCAAGAUUUCAUUACCACUACUAUUCUUAUAUGUUGCUGAUGGUAAGCUGUUUGCUGCACUAUAUUUGUUUCUAUUUACAUUGUACAUCAAAAAUUCUAUUAAAACUAUUUUGACUUAAAUGAA